AUGUCGGUCGAGUGGGACGCUCGGCUGCAGGCCGUCGAGCUGCCAAAGAGCAUGGUGAACGCGCUUGUCCUCGACUGGCUCGUCAACCAGGGCCACCACGACGCGGCGGCCGCGUUUGUGCGCGAGUCCGGGACGCCGGCGGGCGAUCUGGACGGCAUCGCGGAGCGGAUGUCCAUCCGGCAGGCGGUCGAGGCGGGGCGGAUGCAGGCCGCGCUCGAGGCGCUCGAGGCGCUGCAUCCAGCGCUCCUCUCGGUCGACCCUCCGAACGGCGGCUCCGACCUGCAGCUGCUCUUUGCGCUGCAGCAGCAGCACUUCAUAGAGCUCGUCCGCGCGGGAGAUGUCGCAGCGGCACUGACGCACGCGCAGCACAAGCUCGCGCCGCUCGCGGAGGCGCAGCCCGCCCUGGCGCUCAACGCUGCGAUUCUGCGCGUCGCGGGCGCACGCUGA